GCAGCGCGGCCGGGGCGGCUACGAGAGCGAGUGCUGGAGCUGGCACGCGGUGGCGGUGACCCCUACGGUGACCUGAGCAAGGGCGUGCUGCGCUACCGCACGGUGGAGGACGUGCUCACGCCGCUUGAGGACUGCUUCAUGCUGGACGCCAGCGCAGUGCUGGACUUCGGGGUGCUGGCCAGCAUCAUGCAGAGCGGCUACACUCGCAUUCCAGUGUACGAGGAGGAGCGCUCCAACAUCGUGGACAUGCUCUACCUCAAGGACUUGACCUUCGUGGACCCCGAGGACUGCACGCCGCUCAGCACCAUCACUCGCUUCUAUAAUCACCCGCUCCAUUUCGUCUUCAACGAUACCAAGCUGGACGCUGUUCUGGAGGAGUUCAAGCGAGGGAAGUCGCACCUGGCCAUCGUACAGAAGGUGAACAACGAGGGCGAGGGUGACCCCUUCUACGAGGUGCUGGGCCUGGUCACCCUGGAGGACGUCAUCGAGGAGAUCAUCAAGUCCGAGAUCCUAGACGAGUCUGAAGACUACCGAGACACCACGGUGAGGAAGAAGGCUGCUUCCCUGAGUGUCCCUCCCAAGUGCAAGGAGGAGUUCUCCCUGUUCAAGGUGUCUGAUGAGGAGUACAAAGUAAAAAUUUCGCCCCAGCUGCUCCUGGCCACUCAGCGAUUCCUGUCUCGAGAGGUGGAUGUGUUCAGCCCAGUGCGCAUCUCCGAGAAGGUCCUGCUGCAUCUGCUGAAGCACCCAAGUGUCAACCAGGAGGUGAAGUUUGAUGACAGUAACCGCCUGGCCGCACACCACUUCCUGUACCAGCGCAGCAGGCCAGUGGACUACUUCAUCCUCAUCCUGCAGGGCAGGGUUGAGGUGGAGAUCGGGAAGGAGGGCCUGAAGUUUGAGAACGGGGCCUUCACCUACUAUGGCGUGUCUGCCCUGACAGCGCCAUCCUCUGUUCACCAGUCCCCGGUGUCCUCACGCCAGCCUGCCCGCCAUGACCUGCAUCCCGAGCCUGCCGACAGUACCCGCUCCUCCACGUACUGUCCGGACUACACCGUGAGGGCCCUUUCAGACCUGCAGCUCGUGAAGGUCACACGGCUGCAGUACCUCAAUGCACUCCUGGCUACCCGGGCCCAGAGCCUGCCACCGUCCCCUGAGAAUGCUGACCUCCAGGUCGUUCCAGGCAGCCAGACCAGGCUACUCAGUGACAAGACAGCUGUAGCAGCAGGGUCCAACGCCAGCAAGCCCGGUGUGCCGGUGGAGGAGAGCCCUGGGCGGAAUCCAGGGGUUUAACUGCUUGUCAGGUGCUGGGAAUCUGAACAGACAAGCACAUGGGUGCUGGAGGGAGCCAAGCAGAGCUUCAUGCCCCCUGUCCCCACCCCUCCAGGCCACGUUUUAGAUGGUCCAUGCAGAUGUGGGGCCUGGGCCACCUCGGUGUCAGGAGUUGCAGCAGGAGGCUGUAGGACAGGUUUGCCAGGCCCAGCUGUCCUGGCCAUUCUGUUUGUUUUUUGGUUUUUUGGGGAUUUUUUUGUGUUUUGUCUCACUAAGUAGUUGAGACUG